AUGAUUAUGAUGAAUAGAAUUGCAAAAACAAGCGUGCUGGGGAACAUUUUGAAGAGAGGACUCGCAACAGCAUCUGCUACCCCUAGACUGAAGACCUUCAAGAUAUAUAGAUGGAAUCCAGACAAGCCAGCUGAGAAACCACGGUUGCAGAGCUACGAAGUGGAUUUGAACGACUGUGGGCCUAUGGUCUUGGACGCGCUGUUAAAGAUUAAAAACGAGCAGGAUGCGACGUUGACACUGAGAAGAUCGUGCAGAGAGGGUAUCUGUGGGUCCUGUGCGAUGAAUAUCGGCGGCAGGAAUACGUUGGCAUGUCUCUGUAAGAUCGAUCAGGAUAAUUCUAAACAGUUGAAGAUUUACCCCUUGCCCCACAUGUACAUUGUGAAGGAUUUGGUUCCUGAUCUGACAGGGUUUUAUCAACAGUACAAGUCGAUUCAGCCAUAUUUACAGAGAUCCAAGUAUCCCGAUGAUGGCAAGGAAGUGUUGCAGAGCAUUGCUGAUCGUAAAAAAUUGGAUGGGCUCUAUGAGUGUAUACUUUGCGCAUGCUGUUCGACGUCUUGUCCAUCCUACUGGUGGAACCAGGAACAGUAUUUGGGACCGGCUGUCUUGUUGCAAGCUUACCGUUGGUUGGUUGACUCUAGAGAUGAGGCCUUUUCCGUUAGAAAGUCAAUGUUGCAAAAUUCAAUGUCCCUGUAUAGGUGUCAUACUAUCAUGAAUUGUACCAGAACUUGUCCAAAGGGCUUAAACCCAGGUAAAGCCAUUGCGGAAAUCAAGAAAACUCUAGCCUCUAAUUGA